UCGACAUAGACGAGGAUAGAAAGAAAAAGAUUUCACAACCACGAGGCGAGCUUGGUAAGCCUAAGAAAAGUCUGCAAUAUUCGACCAUGUUCAGGUUCGGUAGUAAGCGAGUGCUCCAGCCCAAGUUGAUCCGCCAUCACCAUCGCCCGUACCGAGCACACCAUCACCGCCGGGGUAUUAGCACUACGGGAUAUAAUACCAGCAACGGUGCUCACCAUGACACCAACCCCGAAUCCGGUUCAGCAGACACUGCAAGUACUCGUACCUCUGAGUCUCCCCUCGACUCAGCUCCACAUAUCGCCGGGAAUAAAUUUGAUCAGCUAGACAAGGACAUCUCUAUUAUAAACGUCGGGAUGGAGAACCUUGAGGCAUGCCAGAACAGGAUGAGCACUGAAAUGAGUGACAUUCGUGAAAUGUUGGACACAAGUUUGAAAGAUCUCUGCAGCAAGAUGGAUAAGGAUAUACCUGCUAUCGAUGUCAUGGCGUCGGCCCCCGCCGACAAGGUACAAGCCGAUCCGAAUUAUUCGAACGGGGAGAGAAUAGAGCAGGAACUAGACCGGACGAUUGACGUUCUGAUGACCACUCUUGCAAGUUGCAAUAGAAACCUAGAGGGUUUGGAAUGGCUUGGGGCAGGGCCAGGUAGUAUUCCUGCUUUUCUUUAUUUUUUCUAUGGUAACUUAGUGUGGAUAAUGCAUUUUAGAAUAUUGUGUUUCGAUAUGACUUUGUAGCCGAGGGAGCCUGUUUUGGAUUGUACAUUAGGUGACUAUGCAAAACAUCUAAUUUGAAUUGCUA